AUGCCUCUGUUGAAGCCAGGCAGAGUUCAGGCCCAGUCCAGGCGGCCCAUCUUGAGGCUCUGCCUCCACCCAUCUCCCCUAUGUCUGCUUUUGCCUUUAUUUGUCCUGCUAACCAGACCUUGGAGCACCAUGUGUGGAGCACUAGCCCCUCCGAGGUUCACCAAGAUUCCCACAGACCAGAUCGGAGUGUCUGGCGGAGCGGCUUCAUUCGUGUGCCAGGCCUCUGGCAAUCCCAAGCCUGUCGUAUACUGGAACAAGAAGGGCAAGAAAGUCAACUCUCAGCGUAUCGAGACUAUAGAGUUUGACGAGGGAGCGGGUGCCGUGCUGAGGAUCCAGCCACUCAGAGCACCCAGAGAUGAGAACACCUACGAGUGUGUGGCUCGCAACAGCGAGGGAGAAGUGACCGUUACUGCAAAGCUGUCCAUUAUCAGGGAGGACCUGUUGCCAUUUGGCUUCCCCAGUAUUGACAUGGGGCCCCAGCUGAAGGUGGUGGAACGGACAAGGACGGCCACCAUGCUCUGUGCUGCCAGUGGCAUCCCCGACCCAGAGAUCUCCUGGUUCAAAGACUUCCUGCCUGUGGAGCCAAGUGUCAGCGGAGGCCGCAUCAAACAGCUUCGAUCAGGAGCGUUACAGAUUGAGAACAGCGAGGAAACCGACCAAGGGAAGUACGAGUGCGUGGCCACCAACUCUCAGGGCGUGCGCUACUCCUCCCCUGCAAACCUAUACGUGCGAGGAGCGACAGACACAUUGCGCCGUGUGCCCCCUCGUUUCUCUAUCUUACCCUCCAACCACGAGAUCAUGCCGGGAGGGAGCGUCAACAUCACCUGUGUGGCCGUGGGUUCGCCCAUGCCUUAUGUCAAGUGGAUGAUGGGCAGUGAGGACCUGACCCCUGAGGACGAAAUGCCCAUUGGACGGAAUGUGCUGGAGCUGAAUGGCGUCAGGGAGUCUGCAAACUACACCUGUGUGGCCAUGAGCAGUCUCGGUAUCCUUGAGGCCACAGCACAAGUCUUAGUUAAGACCCUACCAAAGCCUCCGGGCACACCCAUUGUCACUGAGACAACGGCUACCAGCGUGACCAUCACUUGGGACUCUGGCAAUCCUGACCCCGUCUCCUACUACAUCAUUCAGUAUCGAGCCAAAGGGCCGGACAGCAAGUACGAGACCGUGGACAGCAUCACCACCACCCGCUACAGCAUUGGUGGGCUUUACCCCAAUACUGAGUAUGAAAUCCGAGUUUCAGCCUUCAACAGUAUCGGUCAGGGGCCGCCGUCCACACGUGUGGAGGCUCGAACCGGAGAGCAGGCCCCAGCAAGCCCUCCAAGAAAUGUGCAUGCCCACGUUAUAUCUGAGAACACUGUGAUGGUCCGCUGGGAGGACCCAGAAGAGCCCAAUGGUCAGGUUAAAGGUUAUCGUGUGUACUACACCAUGGAUCCGUCCCGGCCGAUGCAUGAAUGGCAGAUCCACAAUGUCCAAGAUAGUAUAAUCACCACUAUUCAGAACCUCGUCACCUCGGAGACAUACACCAUCCAGGUCCUAGCCUUCACCUCUGUGGGCGACGGGCCCUUUUCAGACCCUGUCCAUGUAAAAGUCCUGCGUGGAGUUCCAGGCCAACCAGGCAAGUUUAAAGUUGGUAAGGUGACAGAUACCAGCAUUGAACUGACCUGGGAACCCGCAUACACCAAGGAGAAAAUAGUCAACUAUGAGCUGCUUUACAAGCCUGUCAAGUUUGGCAGCCUGGAGAAGUUAACCUUUGGGCCGAGGAAUUCUUACACCGUAGAGGGUCUGAAAGCAAACACAGAGUACUCCUUCUCCCUGGCCGCCAUCUCAAACAAAGGCAUCGGAGCUUUCACUAAUGAACUGGUGCAGAGGACGUCUCAAGCUAAGCCCUCCGCUGCACCAGAGGGUGUGUCCUGUGAGAGCGCCAGCUCCACCUCGCUGAGAGUGAGUUGGAGGCCACCUCCAGUGGGGGGCCAGAAUGACGAGUUGGCAGGUUAUGAGCUGCAGUACCAAAGAGUUUCUGAGGCAGGAGGAGGAGGUCAGGGCCUGGCGGUGAAAGGGCUCCCCAUCCUGGUCCGGCAGGGUCAGGCUGUGAUUGAGGGGCUGGAGAAGUGGAGCUGGUACAGCAUCACUGUGGCAGUGUCCGCUGCAGACAGGAACAGACCCACAGGCCCGGCUUUGCUCUGCAGAACAGCUGAGGACGCUCCUCGUCAAGUGGAUGUUCAGCCGCUCAACUCUUCUGCAAUUCGAGUCACCUGGCGCUCUGUGUUACCACGGUUACGGCAAGGCCAAAUCCGUGGGUACCAGGUGCAUUUCAGCCGUGCAGAGAGCGGCGAAUCACGCACCUUACCCCGGAUCAAAGACCUCUUAUUAGAUGAGUCCCAGGAGCUGAUUUUAGGAGGUUUAAAAGCAGAGACUAUGUACUCCAUCUCAGUGGCUGCAUAUACCACCAAAGGGGAUGGAACACACAGCAAAGCCAAGCUGGUGCAGACCAAAGGGAUCGGACCAUGUUCAACUAUGGUGGUGAGAUGGGCCCCUCCACUGGAUUGUUCUGAGACGGUUUCUGACAGCCAGGGGCCCCCAGUGGAAAUCCAGGGCUACCGCCUACAGUUUGGCCUGAAAAAUACUUCUUUAAAUGCCACGUUGGAUUUUACACACCGUGAGAGAAACUUCACCGUCAGAGACCUCUUGCCGGGCUCCUCCUACGUCUUCGUCCUCUCUGCGAAGAGCCGGGCGGGCCACGGGGAUGUGGCGCAGCAGGAAUUAACGAUUCCAAUCGUUCCACCUGUAGGAUACCCUAAUAUUGUUGGCUUGUUAAAUGCGACUUGCUGCUCCCUCCAGUUCUCCUGGCAGCUUCCCGCCCCAGAUGAGUGCAACAGUGUCAUUACAGAGUACACUGUAGCUUACAAAAAGGCUGCAUCCCCCAAACCAUCUGCCGACCCAGUCCCCUCUACCUUACCAGUCUCUUCUGCUCCUCCGUGGCUGAUCACCCUGCCAGCUAGUGAGUCCAGCUACACUAUCCUGGGUCUUAAUCACAGCACAGCCUACGAGGUGCAACUCAGAUCCAAUAACAAGGCAGGGCCUGGCCCCUUCAGCCCUCCUUUGGUGUGGCUCACCCUGGCUUUUGAAACAGAUGUGCCGAGGAAUUUUUCAGUCAACCUUGCUACAAAGACCAGUGUCCUUCUCACCUGGGAGUUUCCAGAGACCAGCAACUCCUAUCGUUUUACCGUGGAGUAUAACCGUCAGAAGAUGGAUGUGGAUGCUCGCCUCAAAAAGGCGGUCAUCACCAACCUCCAGCCAGACACCAGCUACGACUUUAAAAUAACAGCUCCUGAAGGCAACAUGGGAGGUCUCCGCCUCCGCAUAAAUGCCAAGACAUCCCCGCCAAUUACUAUUCGCCGCCCUGAGAUUGACCACACCCGUGAAACUGAAACCACCGUCACUAUAAUCUUGCCAUCGCUGGAAACUCGCACUCCUAUCAAGAAUGUUUACGUUGUUGUGGUUCCGCUGCGGAGGGGCCGCGGUAUUCUCAGACACCUAAAGAGCCCGGACGAAAUGGACCUAGAAGAGCUGUUAAAAGACAUCAGUCAAAGGCAGAGAGAUUCUCGACAACAGAAGCAGGUGGACCUGAGGAGGGCUUACAUCACAGCCCGUUUCACACCUGCCACGCUACCAGCCUUCUUUACCUUGGGGGACCAGCUGGACUACGGGGGCUUUGAGAACCGAGCUCUGGAGCCAGGGCUGGAGUAUGUCUUCUUUAUUCUGGCUGAGCUGAACUCGACAACAGGGAGAAUGUACGUGGCCAGCCCCUACACAGACCCAGUGAUUGCCCCAGAUUCAGACCCCCAGCCUUUUGAUGCAGGUGAUGGCCUUAUCUGGGUGGUUGGACCUGUCCUGGCCGUGGUUUUCAUCAUCUGCAUCGUUAUUGCCAUCCUCCUUUACAAAAACAAGCCUGACAGCAAACGCAAAGACUCUGAGCCUGGAACCAAGAGUCUUUUGAACAACGCUGAGAUGAUGGCCCACCACCCGACAGACCCCGUGGAGAUGAGACGCAUCAAUUUCCAGACUCCUGGAAUGAUGAGCCACCCUCCCAUCCCCAUCAGUGAACUGGCUGAGCACAUAGAGAUGCUAAAAGCUAACGAUAACUUAAGACUCUCUCAAGAGUAUGAGUCAAUCGACCCCGGUCAGCAGUUCAUCUGGGAGCACUCCAACCUGGAGGUCAACAAGCCCAAAAACCGCUACGCUAACGUCAUAGCGUACGACCACACUAGAGUCACCCUGGCUCCCAUAGAAGGUAUCCUGGGAAGCGACUACAUCAAUGCCAACUACAUUGAUGGCUACAGGAAGCAAAAUGCCUACAUCGCUACCCAGGGGCCGCUGGCAGAGACAUUUGGAGACUUCUGGAGGAUGGUGUGGGAGCAACGUACUGCCUCUGUCGUCAUGAUGACUCGCCUAGAGGAGAAAUCACGGAUUAAGUGUGACCAGUAUUGGCCAAGUCGCGGCACGGAGACAUAUGGGAUGAUUCAGGUCACGCUGUUGGACACCAUGGAACUCGCCACAUUCUGCGUUCGCACCUUCUCCCUGCAUAAGAGUGGAAGCAGUGAGAGGAGGGAGGUGCGUCAGUUCCAGUUCACAGCCUGGCCCGAUCACGGCGUGCCAGAGUACCCCACCCCCUUCCUUAAUUUCCUCCGCAGGGUCAAAGCCUGCAACCCCCCUGAUGCUGGACCCAUCAUUGCUCACUGCAGUGCUGGUGUUGGUCGCACUGGUUGUUUUAUUGUCAUUGAUGCCAUGCUGGAGCGCAUUCGCCAUGAGCGUACUGUGGACAUCUACGGUCAUGUGACCCUGAUGCGCUCACAGAGAAACUACAUGGUGCAAACAGAGGACCAAUACAGCUUUAUCCACGAGGCCCUGCUGGAGGCCGUGGCCUGUGGGAACACGGAGGUGGCCGCAAGGAGUCUGUACUCCUAUAUGCAGAAGCUGUCCAAGGUGGAGCCUGGAGAGCAUGUCACUGGCAUGGAGCUGGAGUUUAAGCGUCUGGCUAACACCAAAGCCCAUACAUCCCGAUUUGUCACAGCCAACCUCCCCUGCAACAAGUUCAAGAACCGAUUGGUGAACAUUAUGCCCUAUGAAACCACUCGUGUAUGCCUGCAGCCAAUCAGAGGCCUGGAAGGCUCCGAUUAUGUCAAUGCCAGUUACAUAGAUGGAUACAGGCAGCAAAGAGGCUACAUUGCCACCCAAGGUCCACUGGCUGAGACUACAGAAGAUUUCUGGAGAAUGCUUUGGGAACACAACUCUACCAUUGUUGUCAUGCUGACGAAACUGAGGGAAAUGGGACGGGAGAAAUGUCACCAGUAUUGGCCCGCCGAGCGCUCCGCCAGGUAUCAAUACUUCGUGGUUGACCCGAUGGCGGAGUAUAACAUGCCACAGUACAUCCUCAGAGAGUUCAAAGUUACAGAUGCCAGGGAUGGCCAGUCACGAACAGUACGUCAGUUCCAGUUCACUGACUGGCCAGAGCAAGGCGUGCCCAAAUCUGGGGAGGGUUUUAUCGACUUCAUCGGCCAAGUGCACAAAACCAAGGAGCAGUUCGGCCAGGAUGGACCAAUCACAGUUCACUGCAGUGCUGGCGUUGGGCGGACUGGUGUCUUUAUCACUCUGAGUAUAGUCCUUGAAAGGAUGCGUUACGAAGGGGCAGUGGACAUCUUCCAAACUGUCAAAAUGCUGCGGACACAAAGACCAGCCAUGGUGCAGACUGAGGAUGAAUACCAGUUCUGCUAUCAGGCUGCUCUCGAGUACUUGGGUAGCUUCGACCACUAUGCAACAUAAGAAAAC